AUGCAUACCGGCGAGAGGCUGAGCCACGCCGUGGGCUGUGCCUUUGCGGCCUGCCUAGAGCGGAAACAGCGGCGGGAGAAGGAAUGCGGGGUCACGGCCGCCUUCGACGCCAGCCGCACCAGCUUCGCCCGCGAGGGCUCCUUCCGCCUGUCCGGCGGCGGGCGGCCCACUGAGCGAGAGGCCCCCGAGAAAAAGAAAGCAGAGGCAGCAGCUGCCCCAACUGCGGCGCCCGGCCCUGCCCAGCCUGGGCACGUGUCCCCGACACCGGCCACCACAUCCCCCGGUGAGAAGGGUGAGGCGGGCACCCCAGUGGCUGCAGGCACCAGUGCGGCCGCCAUCCCCCGACGCCACGCCCCCCUGGAACAGCUGGUUCGCCAGGGCUCCUUCCGUGGGUUCCCGGCACUCAGCCAGAAGAACUCACCUUUCAAACGGCAGCUGAGCCUACGGCUGAAUGAGCUGCCAUCCACACUGCAGCGCCGCACUGACUUCCAGGUGAAGGGCACAGGUGAGCCCGGGGGCUCAGCCGGAAGGAACAUCAGGAGCAAUACCAUACCGCCGUCCGUAGUGAAUACCAGGGAGGGAAGAGGUGGUAUACACCUUGAUCGAUUAGCACUGUCUGCCAGGGGAAAGGAAAGAGAGGUGGAACACAUCGUGGUCGAUUGGCGAUUAGCCGCAUCUGCCGCCAGCAAGGGAGAGAGCGGUAGUAUAAAUCAUGAUCGAUUAGCAAUGUCUACUGUUGGCAAGGAACAGCAGAAGGAUGGCACAAGCCUCGAUCGAUUCGUAAUGUCUGCUGUGGUUAGGGACAUGAGAGAGGUGGCUUUCAUCACGAUUGAUUAGCAGAGUCUGCCAGGGGCUCGGGAGAGGGGAGAAGCUGCCUAGAUGCCAUUGUUUGCUCAGGAGGAGGCUGAGACUCCAAGCAUUUGGCCAUUGGAGCCAUAAGAUCUAGCUAGAUGAAGGAUACAGGCUCAGACAAAGGGAGGAUUGCGACGGGUUAACAAUGUCUGCCUGAGGCAGGGAGAAUAGAAUGACAGCAUAUGGCACGAUCUCCUGACAGGGUCUGCCAUGAGCAAGAAAAAGGAGCGAGGUGGCACACCGUAUGAUUAAUUAGUGAAGGUUGCCAUGGAUAAGGGAGAAGAGAGAGCAGCAGAAUUUUAUGUUAGCUCAAGGAGGGGCUCCCAGAAUUUGGCCAGUGGAGACAGGAAGUGAAGAGCACACAUGAGCAUGGGGGUCAGGGGUCAAGGCGCAUAGUGACGGGUUUGCAAUGUCACUGGCAGGCAAAGGAUCAGGCAGAGGCAGCACCCAUCAUCGUUGGCCAGCCAUGUCUUCCAGGGACAGUGCUGAAGAAAGAGGGGACACAUCAUCAUCGAUUAGCCAUGUCUGCUCUGGGUGCUGCUGGGAGAGGCAAUGGAGCUGUUCUGUUUUUCUUAAAGGGGAGAUGGAAUUGCAAGGACCAGUGCUCUCUCUUAGCCAUGAGGUCUGGCCAGGUGAGGGGGAAGGCGAGCAGAGUUCAGUGGGGAAAAAGCAUCGUGUUUGAUUACUCAUGUCUGCCACAGGCCAGAAAAAGGAGAGAGAGCUGGCAUAGGUCAUGAUCUAAAAGCCACGUCUGCGUGGGAAAGGGGGAAGAGAGGUGGCCCAGUGCCGUGUUCUGCCCGAGGGAGACAGGCAAGAGGGCUGCCUUUCCUCCCAGCUGUCCGUGAAGUCACGGGGUCUGGCCCGCUUUCCUGCUUCCGUAUGCCAGAUCGGAGACGCCCACCUCUUAUGGCCUCGGGGACUGGCGUGGGAGGUGUUGAUCUGUGUCCGGAAGGCUGGGCCGCUCCCAAAGGUGACUGCUAAGCAGAUGCCAGUGCUGGUCGAGAGUGACGCACAAGCGCUCCCUGUCCUGCAGCGUCCCUCGGCAGUCACACCCCCUCGCGCUUGCUGUCCUCAUGCAGCCUGACACGAGCACGCUCUCUGGCUGCCCCUGAUUUGGAAGCUUCAUGCGCCUGGAACCAGUGGCACACUUGCUUGGGUGUGACCUGCCCCCCAGAACUUUCAGAUCCAUAGGAGUCACAGGUGCCACACACAGAAGUCACACACUCAAUGUGACUCAGAAGUCACACACCCUCGGAAGUCACAGAAGCCGAUGUUUCCAUUGACACACACUUGGGCACGUAUCCAGAUAGCCCACGAGGAGGUACACACACUCACAAACCACACACCCGGAUUCACGCAAACUCGAAAGACACAUCUCAGAUUCACACGCGCUUGCAAAAACAUUUGUGUGUCACACGGGGGUGGCCGGAUUGGCUCACGCUUGGGAAGCACAAGCAAGACGCCACGUGCCUGGAUUUUGGUCACCCUGAGAUGUCACACCUUCAGAAAGCUGCACACCCAUUUGGACUAAUCCGGUCAUCCUAGAAUUGACCUGGAAACCGCUGCCCUUCCCACCUGGGCACCCCCACAUCACACCUGUGAAGCCCUACAGCCGAUUUCUUUCUGAUGCUCAUCAGAGCAUCACACAGGUUCGCUUGGAGACAACCGCUUGCUGAGACACCACACCCCAGUGGUAUUU